AUGAUGAUGAAUGGAAAUUAUUUCGAUGUAACUCAUACGUUCAAAGUCGGUGUAUCAACUUAUCACGUGUUAGGUACUCGAAAGACUAGUCCAACAUAUGGAAAUACUUAUUAUAUUUUUAAUUGUACAUGUCAUGGAUCUCAAUCGACAAGAUAUAAUUCAGGAACUCUACCACACAUUAAUUCAGGUAAUACCAAACGUCCUUCUACAGCAACAUACAGUAGUAAUAGUUUAUCAACGUACCAUGGACAUGGAGUAGCUUCUAUGAAUAAUAAUAAACGUCCUUCCACACCUUCAGAAAAGAAAGUAACAAGUGAUAUGACAGAAAUUAACGAAGCGCUUACAAAAAUAGUCAAAUCAGAACAUCAUAGUAUGGUUACUGAAAUUCGUGAAAAUAUUUAUACGGAGCAAAAUACAUUAAUUCAAUCAAUUGAAAAAGAAAUAAAAGCAAUGACAGAAGCAACAACAACAACAGCUACAAAUGAAAAACAAGAAAUACUUCGUUUAAUUGAAAAACAAAAAAAUUCACUUGAAAAUACUUAUGAACAACAUACUAAUACUAUCAUGUCUUCUAUCGAUCUUCUUAAAAAAACUAUAACACAAACAUUAAAUGAUCAACAAGAACAAUUACAAUCACUUAAGAAAUUUCAACUUACAUUUAAUGAAAUAAUUGAACAACAAAUAGAAAAAACGAUGGUGAAACAUCUUGAAACACCUAGAGUAUCAUCUCUUGAUGUAACUUCAAUUAAACAAUUACAAACGACUCUAGUACAAACAUUAGAACAUCAUUCUAUAACAACAAAAGAUAAUGAUAAUGAUACACUUAAACGUAUUUUAACCGAUCAAAAACAAUAUUUAACUGAUAUUAUUAUGAAACAACAAAAAACUUAUGAAGUUAGUAUUAAUGAAAUAAAACAAUUACAAACAACUAUUGUAGAAUUAAUUAAGAAACCUUCGUCUGUAAGUGAACGUAAUAAUAAUGAUGAAUUAAAACAAUUAUUUGUCGAACAAAGACAAUAUUUAACUAAUCUUGUUAUGGAACAACAACAAUCAUUUUCAGCUAAUCUUAUUGAACAAACAAUGAUUAAUGUAUUAAAAGGACAGAAUAUUUCUUCUAAUGAUAUGAUAUCACGUGAUCCACGUCCAUUUAAAGUUUCUAUUAAAACAGGAGAAUAUGCUAAUGUCUAUGCUAAAUUAACUAUUGAUGGUAAUGAAUGUUCAAGAGAAUUACAUACUUUAUGUCAACGAGAUCCUUUUCAAGCUAAUGCAAUUGAUUGUUUUGUAGCUCCUCCAAUGAAAGAUGGACCUUGUGAAUUAACAAUUUAUGCAAAAACACGUAAUGAAACAGAAUAUCGAGCUGCCAUAUGUAUACAAUUAUCUUAUUUAAAUGUUAAUCAACCAAUUACUUUUCCUAAAUUAUAUUCAUCAUUUCGAGAUCAUCAAUGUAUUUUAAAUGAACCACUUCGACGUUCUUUACAACAAUUUGAAGAAAUUUUAUUACAUAUGAAUGUACCGAAUGCAAAUAAAAUUAUUAUUUCCAAUGGUAAUGAACAUAUUGAACUUAAUCAAAAUGAAUAUCAUAAUGGAAUUAUUAAAAAGAAAAUACAAAUUCAAGGAAAUUUAAUUGUCUAUGGUCAAUGGAAUGGACAGGAAAAUUCACCUAUUUGUGCUUAUGAAAUGAAAUAA